CUCCACCACCAUUGUGUGUGUGUACGUACUGAUAUCUCAGGAGUCCUCUCUCUCUCUCUCCUUUUUCGAAAGUCUCUCUCUCCGUCGAGGCGAGUGCAGCAACCGAAAGAAACAAAAGAAAAUCGUAAAAAAAGAUGAAAGAAGAAGGGAAAAAGUCUGGAAGAGAAGGAGACCAUCUCGUAUAUCUGAGAAAGUUCUGAUCUUGCUUCUGUACUUGAUGUUGGAAAUCACCUCCAUCACCAAUCAUUUCUGAAUUCUGCUCUGGUUGGCUUCAUUGGAAUCACCGCCUCUUCGAUUCUCUCAGCGGAGGAGGCUAGGCUUGGUUCCUGGUUACAGGUCAAGAUCCUCUGGUGGGGCUCCGGGGGGUUUUAUGAUCUUUCGUUCUUUGGUUGGUGCUAGUGUUUGAUUCGUGUUUCGUGACUGGUUUGAAGCUCAUAAGGUAGUUUUUAUUGGGUGGGGUGGUUUGGUUGUUUCUUUUCUUGUUCUAGUGCGAGUUUUUUGGGAGGGAAAGGGGGGAAUUGGAGCUGUAUGACUUGAGUUGAUUCAGUAUUGGUUUUGGUUAUGUUCAGGUUUCGAUGUAGUGGUUUGUAAUCCUUUUUUGGUGGAAGUGGAAUUUUCGAUGGUGUGUUUUAUCGGGGUGUAAUAACUAAGAACUAGGGUUUAUGGUGAUGGAUAUUUUGUUCGCGGAUAUGCUUUAUUUGGAUUUGGUUUGAGCUGUUUCAAUUGUGUUUCCUGUUUCAAUGGAGUGCGCUGAGUGAUUGAGUAAAGAAUUAGGAUUUCAAGUGAUAGUGGUCUUUAUUUGGUGUUGAAAUUCAGAGUAAGAGUAACGAAAGGAAGAUUUGAGGGAUUUAUUGUUUUUGGUUAUUCAUUAUUUUUUAUUUGAUGGGGAAUAAGUUGGGGAGGAGGCGGCAGGUGGUGGACGAGAAGUACACGAGGCCUCAGGGGUUGUAUCAGCACAAGGACGUGGAUCACAAGAAGCUGAGGAAGCUCAUUCUUGACUCUAAGCUUGCUCCAUGUUAUCCUGGGGACGAAGAAUACUCCUUCGAUCUAGAAGAAUGUCCAAUCUGCUUUUUGUAUUACCCUAGUCUCAACCGCUCAAGAUGUUGUAUGAAAGGCAUUUGUACAGAAUGUUUCUUGCAGAUGAAGCCACCUCAUUCUACUCGUCCUACACAGUGUCCCUUUUGCAAAACCUCCAACUAUGCUGUGGAGUAUCGAGGAAUGAGGUCAAAAGAGGAAAAGGGAAUGGAGCAAGUGGAAGAGCAGCGGGUUAUAGAAGCAAAAAUAAGAAUGCGACAGCAAGAAAUUCAGGAUGAAGAAGCAAGAAUGCAAAAAAGACAAGAGAUGAUUUCUUGUAGCAGGGUUAUGACAUCAGGAGAGCUUGAACAUCAGGAUCCACCAGAUAUCUCGGUAGCAGUUCCAUCAUUUCACCUUCCUGUAGAAGGUGAUAAUAUCAUGCCUUCUCAGAGCUCAUGUGCUGGGCUUUCAAAUAUGCAAUCCUCACGGUCUAGGCAGAACAGGGAAGAUGAAUUUGACAUGGAUCUUGAGGACUUAAUGGUCAUGGAAGCUAUCUGGCUUUCCAUUCAGGAGAACGAUGCUCAGAGAAAUCCAGCUCAUGGUGAUUCUGCACACAUGGAACCAUUUAUGACAGAAGAUCGUUAUGCUGUAGUUCCACCAGCUGAAUCCUCAUCCCCUUCAGGUGGUCUUGCUUGUGCUAUUGCUGCACUUGCUGAACGACAACAUAUGAAUGGAGAAUCUCACCCUUCCAGGAGAAAUAAUUUAGGUGUUGCCAUGCUUCCAGACACUGGUAGGCUGUCCUCCAGGGAGGAUAGAGUGGUAGUAAAUUGCCCUACACAAAACUGGAUUGAUGUCUCAGCAGACAGUGGAAGGGCAGUGUUGAGAGAGGAUGGAGAAUGGGGGAUAGAUCAUGGUUCAGAGGUAGCUGAUGCGGGGACAAGCUAUGCUAGCUCUGAUGCCACAGCCGAGGCAGGUGGAAGUGCUUUGCCUAUUCAGGAUGGUAUUAGUGAUCGGUUCCAUCCUAACAUCACGGGCCCCAUUCUGCCCGAGACUUUUGAGGAGCAGGUGAUGCUGGCAAUGGCAGUUUCAAUAGCAGAGGCUCGAACAAGAACAGCACAAGAAGUUCCAUGGUGGCAGUUAAACUAGCUGGAAGUGCACUCUUCAUAUUCUUUCUUUAUUCCUUUUCUUCUGUCAUGUUUGGUGAUCCAUAAUUUCUCCUUGGCUAUUCUUAUGCUUUUUUUUGGGCCUUCUUGUGUUGAAUACAGAUGUAGAGAGACGAGGAAAAGGAAAAAGAAAAAAAAAGAAAAAGAAAAAGAAAAAGAAAAAGGGUGAUGUUUCCACUUUCCGGUGGAUGAGUUGAAACUA